UCCUAGGGGAAGCACAGGUCCAGCCAGGGUGUGGAGACCGCCCUGGGGGAAGGCCCAAAAGGCAGCGAGGAGUGUCCUCAGCCCAGGAAGCUGAGCUAUGGGGAGCCAGACCUGACACUGGAGCAGGCAGGGCCUCAGGUAGGGGGAAGGAUUUGGCAUCCACCUCACACUGGGAGAGUUACUGCAGAAGACUUGUCCUCGUCAGAGGGAGGCUGGGGAUGGUGGGGCCCUGGAGUGGGGCCAGGGUGCCAGAUAGAGGGUCCAGGCAUGGCCCUGGGAUACCAUGCCUGCCUAGGGCACUGCCCCCUGGCUCAGGGCCAGUGAGGACAUCUCAAGCUUCCCAAGCCAAGAGGGAGAGCCAAGUAUCCUCUGCUAUGCUGCUGUCAGCCCAGUACAACCCUGGCAUCUGUCAUGGGCCAGCCAGGCCCUGGCUUUGGGGCCUCAGCACCUGACCCAGCAGCCUGGGAAGGGCAGAAAGGGUGGAGAAGAAACUGAGGCUCCAGGAGCCAACUCAGCUCCAGACACAGCCGGCAGGUCCUGGGCCAGCCUCAGCCUGCUUGGCUGUGUGUGGGGUUGGCCUUGCCACUGUGCGGGCAAGUUAGAGAUCUCAGGGCUCCACCCACCCUCGUAACUUGGGCUACAGAGGAACCGCCCAGGAGAGACGUUCCAGGCUUGGCAGGAAGCAGAAGUUGGGGGCCUGGGCCCUUGUCCAGGCAGCUCAGGAUGGCAUAGACAGUCCAGGGCGUGGGGGGAAUGCUGACUGUCUGGGGUGCUUCCGGGAGCACUUCUGCCCGCCCAGGUAUUCCACUGGACCAGCUCAUCUGGCUCUGCAGGGCUCAGGGCCAGGCAGUGCCCACUAUGUGGUUGGGUGAGGGUGGAGGUGGGGAUUGGGGGCAGAGGCCUGGUCAGGCCAGCCCUGGGAACAUGAGCUAGGAGAGAUACAGAUUCAUACACAUGCUGGACAGAACACACUGUGCUCCAGGUACCCACAGGGCACCAGUCUUAGCUGUGCACUCCUAGGGGCCCAGCUAGAGUGAGGGACACCACCUCAGAACUGGCCAGGACCCAGAAGGGCCCACCUCAACAGCAGUAGGCACCUGCAACUGGCAACAACUCCUCUGGCUUUAUUUGGUAGCCCCCUCCCAAGGCUCCCCUCAGCUUGGAGAUGGUGACAAUUUACCCACUCAUGGCCAUUCCAGGAUGUCUGAUGGGACUGGAGUCUAGGGGGGCCAGCCCAGCCCGUGGCCUAGCCAAGACCCUGCUGCUUCUUUAGGGCUGAAUCAGGCCUCUGCUCUGGGCUGGACCCAGACUCCUGGACCCUGUCAGGGCCUCCUCAGGGCUGUCUACAACUGCCCUGGGCCCCUGGCCAAGAGCUGGUAGUCAGGGUUAAGGGCUUCUAUCCACCCUUCUUUGUGGAUUUGCCACCUCCUGGAGAUCCUGCCCCUUCCAGGGCCCUGGUGGGUAGAGCCAGACCAUGGAUAGGCUGGCCACUUGCCUCCCACAGCCUAGGCAGGAGGCCCUUCACAAGCCCACAGCAGACACCUCUGAGUGGCUGCCCAGUCCCCUCCCCACAGAGUGCACGCUCACACACGCACCACCACGCCUGUCCAGGGGCCCGCCUGUGGUCCCGCCCGGGGCCUGCUUCUAGGUCAGGCCUGGGCACGACUUCCCAGGAGGAGCAGGGGCAGGUGCUACUGGCUGGGCAGCCAUGGCUGGGGGUAUGUGGGGCCGCCCCCGGGGGGCACCCGUAGGGGCUCUAACACUGACAGCUCUGGCUGAAGGGAUCCGGGCCAGCCAGGGGCAGCCCCUAGGACCCUCUUCCACGGGCCCUCAGCCCAAGCCCCAGGCCCAGGCACCUGGCCUCACCACCAACGCUGAGCCUGGAAGUGGAGCUGCUGCCCCCACAGCUGGCAGUGAGCCCUACUCCCCAAGCAGUGCUCCGGAGCCAGGAUCUCACCAGGCCUCCCGGAGUUCCUGGGAGGAGGGUACUCUUGCCGACCUUGCCUUGUACACAGCUGCCUGCCUGGAGGAGGCUGGCUUUGCAGGGACCCAGGCAACAGCGAUUAGCCUGUCCUCAGCCCUGGAGGCCCAUGGGGCACGGCUAGAGGACCAGGUGCAUGCUUUGGUGCUGGGGUUGCUGGCACAAGUGCCCAGCCUGGCCGAGGGGCGGCCUCGGCGGGCAGCCCUGCGGGUGCUGAGCGCACUGGCCCUGGAACACUCAAGGGAUGUGGUGUGUGCACUUCUACCACGCUCACUGCCCCCUGACUGGGCAGCAGCCGAGCUCUGGCGCAGCCUAAGCCGGAACCAGCGUGUAAAUGGGCAGGUGCUCGUGCAACUGCUGUGGGCACUGAAGGGUGCCACAGGGCCCAAGCCGGAGGCGCUCGCGGCCACACGUGCUCUUGGGGAGAUGUUGGCCAUUUCAGGCUGUGUGGGAGCCACGAGGGGCUUCUACCCACACCUGCUGCUGGCACUGGUCACACAGCUGCACAAGCUAGCUCACAGCAGCGCACACUCCCCUGAUACUCCCAAGAUUUGGGUCCUGUCCCACCGAGGGCCACCACACAGCCAUGCCAGCUGUGCAGUGGAGGCCUUGAAGGCCCUGCUCACUGGGGAUGGGGGCCGCAUGGUGGUCACAUGCAUGGAGCAGGCAGGAGGCUGGAGGAGGUUGGUGGGAGCCCACACCCACCUGGAGGGCGUCCUGCUGCUGGCCAGUGCCAUGGUGGCGCAUGCAGACCACCACCUGCGAGGCCUCUUUGCAGACUUGCUUCCCCGGCUCCGCAGCGCCGACAACCCUCAGCGCCUCACGGCAAUGGCCUUCUUCACCGGGCUGUUGCAGAGCCCGCCCACCGCACGGCUACUGCGGGAAGAGGUCAUCCUGGAGCGGCUCCGCACCUGGCAGGGUGACCCAGAGCCCACCGUGCGCUGGCUGGGCCUGCUCGGCCUCGGCCACCUAGCGCUGAAUCGCGGGAAGGUGCGGCAUAUGAAUACGCUGCUGCCGGCACUCCUGGGGUCGCUGGGUGAGGGCGACGCUCGGCUCGUGGGCGCAGCACUAGGCGCGUUGCGGCGGCUCCUCCUGCGGCCACGGGCACCGGUGCGGCUCCUGAGCUCGGAGCUGGGACCGCGUCUACCCCCGCUGCUGGACGACGCCCGGGACUCAGUGCGCGCCUCAGCGGUUGGGCUCCUCGGGACUCUGGUGCGGCGGGGCCGGGGUGGGCUUCGGCUGGGGCUUCGCGGCCCACUGCGGAAGCUGGUGUUGCAGAGUCUCAUGCCACUGCUGUUGCGCCUCCACGACCCCAGCCGGGACACUGCUGAGAGCUCUGAGUGGACCCUGGCCCGCUGUGACCAGGCCCUUUGCUGGGGCCUGCUAGAGGAGAUGAUCACUGUGGCCCACUACGACAGCCCAGAGGCCCUAAGCCGCAUCUGCCACCGCCUGAUUCAGCGAUACCCCAGCCAUGUGCCCAACUUUCUGAGCCAGACCCAGGGCUACUUGCGGAGCCCACAGGACCCCUUGCGCCAUGCAGCCACCAUGCUCAUAGGCUUUCUCGUCCAUCAUGCGAACCCGGGCCUCGUCCACCAGGACUUGCUGGACUCCCUGUUCCAGGACCUGGUGCAGCUGCAGAGCGACCCCCAGCCGGCUGUGGCCGGGGCGGCGCAAGUGUCCUCCCAGCAGGUGGCGCUGCUGGCCUGCACCCAGAGUCGACCUGGCGGCCCGCUUCGCCUUGGCCUGGUCUGGCACCGCUCCCAGCCCAACCGGCCUGUGCCAGUCUUCGCGGACAGCCCUUUCCAGCGCCGGAGCCUCGCUGGCCACUGGGGCUGCUCUGGACCGCGCCCAGCCUGAAGAUCAGGGAUCUGACUUGGGCAUCCCAUUCACACUGGAGCCAGUCCCUGCCCUGCUUGGGCGCCCAGGGCCUGGUGCUGGAUGCCAGUGCCCGCUCCCCAGGACUCUCCAGAUGCCCACCACCAUGACAACCAUGUGCCAGAGAGGAACAGCAGCACUCUCUGUCUGGCCCCUCCACCCUCAGUUCUUCCCCCUGCAACCAUGUGUGUGCCUGCCCUCCUCUGGCCUCUUGUUCUUCCAGCCCCCUGGAGUGUGCCCUGCUCCCCAACCUGGCCGGGAGGGCACCUGGCCUCCUGAGCCAAGGUCUGGUGGGGGCAUUGAAGCUGGUGCCCCAUAGACUGCCUUCCUGCCCCUUCCCAGCCCUACACUUUGUGCCUGGUCCUAUCUCUAAGGCCUGUCAGGGCCUUCCCAGCUGUCUCUGCAGCCAUCGCCCCCACUCCUCACCCAUGCUCACUCCUUGCUGGCAUCCUGAGGUUCCUGGCCUAUGUCCUUUCUACUCAAGAAGUGUUGACCCGACCUGUCCACACCUGCUGUCCCUUCUCAGCCUGGCUGCCAUUCCCGCCCCCACCACCCACCUUCAUAGUGUAAGGCCUCCUCAGAGCAUGACCUUCUCCAGAAAACGUCCCUGACCUCUUCCCAGCUGGACAGCACAGGCCCUAAGUUACACCUAUGGAAUCAGAUGUGGGGUACUGGCAUGCCUACUCCACCAGACUGUACUUGUGGUAGUACCCAACACCCUGCACAGGGUUGAAUGAGGAAGGUGAGACUGGACACACAAGGGAGAAGCUCCUCUGGCUCUGGCCCGGCAGGUUUCUCCACCAGGAAUGUCAUCACCCUGCAAGGCCUCUCUCCUGACCUCCUCCUCAGGAGAGUCUCCUCACACACACCAGGAGUGUGCACAGCCUCAUAAAGGCCCAGUAGGCAUAGCCAUGGGGUCCUGCCCUCACCGUCUCCCUAGUUCCCACAUGGAUGCCAGGCACAGUGGUUCACACUUGUAGUCCUGGUGCUUUGGGAGGCUGAGGCAGGAGGAUCACUUGAGGCCAG